CCGACCACCAGUUUCGCCAAUACUCGCCAGCAAUCACAAUUACUCGCUGUGAACGGGCCCGAAGAGACGAUUCACCCCAGCGAAGCAUACAAUUAAUCGCUGGUGCGUCCUCGCCUCUCAACCCACCCACACAGAGCCCACUCGGAGCCCACUCAAAGCCCACUCGGAGCCCACACAAUACACACCACACCACACGCAGGACGGAUGCUUGCGCGGGGCGUGCUGCAUGCACGCCGGGAGCGCCAGCUGUUGCACUUGCAUCCAAUCCCGGGUGUCCUGGUGAUGUCACCGUCCAUUGACGCGCACGACAACAAUCAUGCCGACGACAACGACGACGACGACGACGUGCAGCAGGAACCAACAACAGAACGCAGAAAGCAAACCACAGCAGAGGCAGCAGGCGAAAAUGUGGGCAGGGGCACCGUCAACGUCAGCGAUAACGACCACCAUGACGACAACGACAACGGUAACGACGACGACAGCGAUACCGUCAACAACCACAACCACAUUGGAUCUCCUGCGGCAAGGGCCAGCAAGGCACCGCCGUCCAAAGUGUGGCUCAACUGGAGCGUCCUCAUCUCGGGGUUGCCCAAACAGGACUACGCCGAGGCGUGCUUCAGGCUGCAGCUCACCUUCGACGAGGAAUCUCCCGCCGUCCCGCCGCGCGUGCAGUUCCUCACCAUCCCCUACCACCCCAACGUCCACCCAGUCACCGGCCUCGUGUGCAUGCCCACGCUUGAGCGCUGGAACCAGCCCCAACCAAUGCAGGCAGCACCUCCACCACGGACGCCGCUGAGUGACCACGCGCGCGCACGCCGCAGCAUCACACCCAACACCGAGGUCAACAACGAUGGAGAUGACCCACACCACACGCCGUCUUCGUCUUCGCCUUCGCCUUCACGCGCGCCGCCGUGCACGCCACACACACCACCACCACCACCACCACCACCACCACCGGCUGGGCGCAAUCCCUCGCAGCGACCCGCCAACUCCUAUGUGGAGCUGCUGCGCGAUGUGCAGCGACUGCUGUCCAAGCCCCAUCUCCCUUCCGCCGUCAACGCGCCGGCAGCAAACCUGUACCGCUUCAAGCGCGACGCCUACCAGCGGUUCGUUCAGCAGUGCUCAGAGGCCAGCCUGCGCGUGCACGCCGGGCUGCCGCCCUACCGCAUGCAACAAAUGCAGCAGCAGGAGCGCCUUCGCAAGCAACGACAACAACAGCAGCAACAGCAGCAACAGCAGAAUCAGCGCGCAUCGCGCCCAACCACGCGUCAGUCGCAGCAGCGCCCCGCCACACAGCAACGCCGCUUGCAAGCCGUGCCCGUGCACUAUGAAGAGUACCGUGCGUCCUGGAAAAUAACCGGGUCAACGCGCCGUAUCACUGACGGGGACAGCCGCCCUGACGACUUUGACGGUGAUGGCUACGGAUUUGACACGCGCGGAUUUGACACGCGCGGUUACAGUGGGCGCACGCACAACCACGAGAGAACCCGUAACCGACACCCACACAGUCGCACGGCCACAAGAGGCAAGCAUUACACCACGUCCACGGCUUCGUCCGCCAGUUACCACAACCACCGCAAUAGCACCAGCACCAGCAGCAGCAGCAGCGGUGGUAGUGCUGGUGUUCGCAUGUGGCCACACCCUGCAGCGCGCCAGAAUUUGCUGCAGGCGGGCAGUGCACCCGGCUCGCGGAUGGGGCGACGUGUAGCCUCCACCCCGCUUGCAUCUGCCCGCGCCCUCCGCUCUGCUCCAGUCAUAUCAUCAUCGCCAACGAAACACACUUUCACCACCACGCCCACAGCCACCCCCUCCAAUGCCACAGCCGCGCCCGUGAGCCCGCGCCGGGGUGCACCUGCGACUGUCGUGAUUCCCAACUUGCCAAAGGUGUCGUCGGGGUGGUCUGUCACCUCGCUCGUGUCUGCAUCGACAUCACCCCAGCCAGAUCUGAGCCGCAACGCCAGCCACACGAGCCUGCUGCAUCGCGACAACCACCGCCAUUCCCCCCGCAAACCGCGCCUCAGCCGCAUCAGCAGCGUGGGGAGUGAAGCGAGCAGAGCCAGCACCCCCGUGCACUUCCCGCCCCCAUCUCCAUCUCCAUCAUUACUUCACGCCCAGCACCACACGCCCGUGUCCCCGCGGCCGAUGACGUCGCGGACGGAUGCAGAGGCAGACGACCUGAUAUCGUGGGCAGGCAGGCUGGAGGUUGCCACCCCAUUUACCGACGACACGGCGCAAUCGCCCACGCUCAACUUUUAAUGUGCGCGUGUUGGAGUUACAUGUUCGUGUGUGUAUGAGUUGCGUGCGUGUGUGUACAUGCGUGCGUGUACAUGCUUGCGUGCGUGUACAUGCGUGCGCGUGUGUACAUGCUCGCGUGUACCAACUGUGUCGAGCUUGAGUUGUGCGUGUGCAAGCUGCAUCAGCUCCGCACAUGUGAAGUUCUGUGCAGGUGUUGUUUGUUUAUAUGCUUACGACCUGCCACCUCACGCCACAUUUUCGUCUUUAUCACCACCAAGCUCUCGCUGACGACAAAAUAGCUCGGCCCUGCAUGUACAAGUGCGUUUAAGGGUUUGCUCAUAUGCACCCUUGUAUUGUGAAUGCCCUUAUUCAAUCUAUGUACAGUAAACAACCCAUUCAACUCAAUGAAACAG